CUAGUAUAUAAGGCAUGCCGCAUCGCCGCUCCCGAUAUUCCUCCUUUUUCUGUACCUGCCAAACACUUUUGCAUCACACCAAUAUCACCAAUGUCGGCCGCCACAGACAACACAGUAUAUGUCGUCACCGGAGCAAAUCGAGGUCUUGGUCUUGGCCUUGUGCAAUCGCUUCUUGCGCGUCCUCAACACACGGUGGUCGCCACAGUCCGUAGCGAGCAAGCCAAACAUGUCUUGGAAGACGAGAUCAAGAGCAUCUGGACAGGGACUGGCAGCAAGCUGGAGAUCAUACAGUACGACUUCUCCACGGCUAUCGACCCCAAGCAGGUGGAAAGUAGUUUCGCCGAAUUGGAUAUUCAGCAUAUUGACGUUCUGGUCCUCAACGCUGGAGGCGCACAGCCAAUGGUCCCACCAAGCGAGACCACAGCCGAAGACUUGCGCGCAGCUUUCGAGACCAACACCAUCGCGCCUCUGCUCGUCUUCCAGGGCCUGAAACCAUAUCUACUGCAAGCCAAAUCCACACCUAAACUUAUCUGGGUCACCUCUUCAGUCGGAAGCAUAGCCGACAUGGACCCGUUUGGCGGCGGUGCCUAUGGUCCUAGCCGAGCGGCACAGAACUGGCUAGCGCGCUCCAUCCAUCUCGAAUUCAACGGCACAGAGGGGAACACGCGUCUGAUUGCCAUUCCCCUGCAUCCUGGAUGGGUCCAGACGCGAGCGGGCCAGUAUGUCGUGGACCAGUGGCAGUUGGCGCUCAAAGCCAUCGACUACGACAUUGAGCAACCGCCGACAACGCUGGAAGAGAGCGUCUGUGGUAUGAUCAAAGUCAUUGACAAUGCGACGGCGGAGCAUUCCGGUCAAUUCCUCACAUAUGAAGGCAAGACUCUGCCGUGGUAAGUCAGGGAUACUAGAAGGACUCGUACAUUUGCGUAUAUAUCCCGCUUAGAUAGUAUAUAUAUCUAUUGUUUGAGUACCAAAAGCCCUAAGAGCAGAUACAAAGCUUAUUUACAUUCAGGAAAUAAUGAACGUUAAUGUAGGUGCAUAGCAAGUAACGCAGACAAGCGAGUAACGCACUUUUGCUAAGACCUAACUAAACUUUAAGUAUAUUAUAAUAAUGCC